AUUAAAAGAACCGAAAACAAGCGUCUCAGGAGAUGGCCAUGCCGAUAUUGGUGUUCUCGAACAUUCACUGCGUAGAGCAGGUUCACUCGCGCGACAUUCCAUUGGCAACCUUUCACUUCGGUGACUGUCUCGCGGCCAUGCUUGCCAUGUCUCAAAACUACUUUCACUAGGUUUCUGAACAGCACUCUUGCACAAACUAGCCCUUCCUUUUCGCUGACUCCCUGUAUGCUAUUCCUUAUAGUCCAACCCCGCCGUCGCAUCGCACACACUCAACCUUCUCCUAAUCCUUAAUAUGUUUCCCCGCGACCUAUGUAAUACCUUGCUGGUUAAGCUCACUGGUAUGCCCUCAAAGUCUGCCUUCCUGGCGACCCGAGUCGUACCUGCCAAAACCGACGACAAGUACUACAACGACAAGUGCAUGCUCUGUUGGGAUGGCUACAGCGAAGAGCAUCCUCCAGUCAAGAUACUACCCUGCGGUCAUGUCUUCGGCCGCGACUGCACCUACUUGAUGGCUGAAGCCGCUACCGGUAACUUGUGCGCCAUCUGCUGGGUCGAGCUGUUCCGUUCAGGUUUCUCAUCUAAGACGGUCGGACUGUGGCUACUGCGCCAGGCAGUGGUGUUCAUAAUUUCGUACAUGGACGCGAUCCAAUAUCUGCUUGACUCCUUCUUAGCAAGACUCCGUAAGCACUGUCCCAUGCCAAUCUGGUUUGUGGACUGGGUUCUCGAAGGGCCGCGAUUUUGGGCUACGACGUAUGUGUACUACUGCACCGGCAUUUGCUCUCGCAACCCGAAUCUCCGUUUACAUCUGGCUUUUGGGCCUGCAAUCUUGGGCGAUACGGUCUGUCGAGCCAUCGCCUGUAUACCUUUUCGAUGGGUAGUGGGCCAGGGUCUCGGUUUUGGUACCGCCAAGGUCUUGUUUCUCAUGGUCGAGAUAGUGAUGGCUUAUGUCUGGCAGCGUUUCAUUUGGAUGCACCUUGAGGGUCAGUUCAGUCACCCUGAGGAUCGCGUAACGAUUAGGCAUCUUUCUUAUGCCGCCCUGGUGGUGAAGGGGCUCAUCAUCACUUGUCUGCUGUGGUAUGAGCCCAUGACCAUGCUCGGAUCGGUGUGGACGACUCUGGCGAUAGUAGCAUGGCGAUAGUAAGUAGACGGUGAACAGAAAGCUCUUCAUAGUGG